AUGUGUGGGCCCUUGUUGCUCCUGUUUGGGGGGCUCCUGGCUCUGCCCGGGACCCUCACGGACCCCAUCUCCCCCCCGGACCUGCAGCUCUGGGCCGGGCUCGAUCUGUUCUCCCGGGGGGAUUGGGCGGGGGCCCAAGCUCAGCUCUGGGGGUCUGUGCGGAGCCUUCGGGAGCUGCGGGAAGUGAGGCUGCGCUGUGGGACAGAGUGUAAGCUCCGGGGAACCCAGGGACCCCAGCUAGAGGAGGCGGUGCUCAGCAGGGCUGACUGCCUGCUCGGCUGUGAGAAGCUUCUGCUGGGAGAACCUUCCUUGUACCGACUGACCCAGGAGACAGAGAGGGUCUUUCAGAGGGGGCUGCCCUACAACUACCUACAGGUCACUCACUAUAAGGUAAACUAGGCACCCAGGGGCCACUUACUGUAAACUGUGUCCCAGAGACCAUGAACUAUAAGAAUGGGAUCCCAGGGGCCAUGGACUGUAACCUGGGGGGUGCUGGUGGGGACUGUAAUCAUGGCAAACCCAUGGUGUAAAAUUCUAACAUUGGGAGUUGUAAAUAGGGACUAGACACUAAGAAGAAAUGUUAGUGGUAACAUUACAUGAAAAAGAACAGGAGCCAGUAGUGGGGUGAGGAGUUGGCAUUAAUGUGCAGGUUUGGGUGAGGAGGGGGCCAUUACUGUGCAGGUUUGGGGAGGAGGGGGCCAUUACUGUGCAGGAGGGGGCCAUUACUGUGCAGGUUUGGGGUGAGGAGGGGGCCAUUACUGUGCAGGUUUGGGGUGAGGAGGGGCCAUUAGCGUGCAGGUUUGGGGUGAGGACGGGAGUGUGCAGGUUUGGGGUGAGGAGGGGAGUGUGCUUUUCAGUGAAGCAGAUUCCACAAACAGUAUUCCUGUCUUUCAAGGAUUAGCCACGUGGAUGGAAUGUCUGUGUAUAUAACCCUGUAUGUGUAACUGUACUUGCUAUGUGUGAACCUUUGUGAGUAAUUGCCUGUAAAUUUCAAUAUGUAGGUCUGUGAGUACAAUCAUGUUUCUGAGUAUAUGGCAACUUAUUUGUUUACACACUUCAGUUUGUAACAUAACAUUUUAAUAAACGUUUUCAUUAUUGAUCAUGCAUAUACAAUCAUGAGUUUAUAAAUAUGUAUUUUAAUUAAAAACAUUUUUUUUUUUUAAAAGAGAAAUGUUGGCUUAUACCAAAGAAAUCUAUUCUUAACCUUAUUAGUUUGCAUUGUUUACAAUCGAUCAUCUAUUUUUUUGUUUUUGUGCACUUUUAUAUUAACCAAAACUAAAGAGGAAAUAAAUGAUGAUCUUGAUAUAAAUAGAUUGUGACUGCUGCCAGUGACUUAAACAUCUCCCAUAAGCUCUUCCUUGCUAACUAAUUACACAGAACUCUGGUAAAUUGAGUUGGUUUAAAACCAAACAAAAAUAAAUCCAACAUUCUAAAUAUUUACCAAUCUAAAAAAAAUGGAACACAAGUUUAAAUAGCCUAAAUAGGGCAUAGUCACUUUCUGAAAUAUUUAUAUACCUAAACAUUUACAAUGAUUUGUAAUACAGGGCAUAAAAUCUGUUUUUGUUGGUCAUAGUAUAACUUAAUCACAAUCUACCAUUUGAUACACUUCUACAGGUAAUGGCUGCCAAUAAGCCAUUGAUGUGAGCACAAUCACUACUUUCUAGUGUUUUUUUUUUACACUUUGGCACAUUUCUUUCAGUUUAGCUAAAAAAAGAGAUCCAUGACCUUAUCUGAAGUAGUUAGGCCAAAAUUAUAGUUUUGUACAAGAUUCAUUGUCACAUCUAUGGAACCAUUUUUCCGUUACUGAAUUCAACACGCAAAAGGCUCACUGACAACCGCUUUCAACAAGUUCCAAAACUUAGCAAUGCACGUGCGCAAAACAAACAUUACAUCCACCUUGCCCUCUAUGCUGAAAAACUUAAAAGAACAAUCUUAAAGAACCAAUAAGUCACCCAGACUUUUAUAUCAGUUGCAGUGGUCCUGUCAUUUUAAUCCUGAAAUGCAAAACAUUGCAGAUUUGUGGAAACUGUAAUGUUUUCAUUGGAGGGUUUAAUAGCCAACAGAGGUGCUUCCUCCUCCAGAGCCACACAAAAUUCUGUCCUGUAAUAAAAUGUUGCUGAUGGCAAUGAAUUGGAGGAGAUUGCAGGUAAUGUCAGCUUAUAUGCUGUCAUCACUGGAGGCUGUUGCGGAGGGGUCCCAACCUAGGAAAGGAGUUAAAUAGUCUGAGCACAACAUUUAAAGAAUAAUUACUCAAGUUCUUCCACACUGUCCUCAAUAAACCAUUUCUUUAUGGACUUUAUCUUUGUAUCUUUUGCAUGCGGAAACACGAGAGAUCUCCAAACUUGUGCCACAGAAGUCCAAUACAGAAACCUUUAGGAUGUCGUCAUAGGAUUAAAAUGUCCUUUUGUUGGCACUAAGAAGCUCCGGCUCUUUUUACUCCCCCAUUAACAGUUGGCAGUCAUACAGGCAGCAAAUGGUGAGGGAAGAUUCAUCAUUCCAGCAUUGACCACCUUUAAAACCCACUAGUCAAAGCUUGGCUUUGACCAUGGCCUGGGCUUAUCUUCUACUGCCUUACCAUUGAAACCCAAUUCACAAAAUUCUUGCCCAACAUUUCUUGUUUUUCAGAGUAAAUUAAAAAAAAAUUGUAUUGUCCAGGGUCAGUUUCACACAUGAAAAGGUUUGGCAGCUAGUGGUUGUGUUUCACUAGUUACUGGAUCUUUUUCACUUUAUUGGUGGCUGAUUGUCGUCCCAGACUUUUCACUUCACAAUAGUCACGCUUGCCUUUCGCCAGCAUCUCUAGCAGGGCAGACAUUGUACCAACUUACUUUCUCCGAUUUUUAAGAGGUAUACAUACAUAAAGUGUUCACUAAAUAAAUUUUGUGUUUACGAACAAAACUUUCUAUGCAUUUUAUCUGCAAUCUGUAAAAGGUUGGCUUCUGGUAGGUAUAAAGUCAAAAGGGAAACCAGACUCCCUACUAUGCUACAUUGAAAAUAAAAAUAAAGUUUACAAACAUGGUUAAUGGAACACUAACUCGGUUCUUGACUUUCCGUGUCCUCAUUCACUGUAUGACGAUGUCGAAUUUUCAAUGCUUCUCUAUUAAAACCAUUUGAUUGGCGUAUCGCGGCAAUUGCUGCACAUUAAGUCCACAAUGCUUCUUUAAGAAAACCAUUUGAUUGGAUAAAAUGUUAAUCAAGCCCGAUAACAUCAGCAGAGUCGGAUUGGACUGCAGAGAAGAGCCUGUUUUGGCACUGGAUAACUGGUAUGGUUUAAUGAAUAUUAUAUCCAAUGAAAUGCUUCUCUUACAGAAGCAUUGUGGACUUAAUGUGCAGAAAUUGCCACAAUAGGCAAAUCACAUGGUUCCCACAGAAAAGCAUUGAACACUCAAUGUUAUCAUGCAAUGUGGAAGAUUGUGGAAAGUCAAGAACCAAGUUUGCUCUAUUCUGGCCGCAGAAACACCAUAUAGUGUCAAAUAAUAACUCAAAUAAUGUUAUCAGUGGUUUAUCGUGGCUCUGGUGUAGAAGAGGCCAAACAUCUAGUCUAAGCCACAGUGUGGCACUCUGGCUUUUAUUUUAAUAAGGAUGGUGUCCAUCUUGAAAUGGUGGUAGCGAACUAUAGCAUCCGGGUCGAACAAGGGCUCGCUCGAUGGAUCCAUGAGGGCAGUCCCCACAUCUGCAGGAGGAGCAGCCUCCAGAUAUCUCCACCUGAGCGGAGGAAAAGAGGUCAAGGCCCAACUCCGCGGAAUCCCUCUGAGUCGCUCUCGACUCCUCACUAGACCCGAUUUCUGAUUUGGAGUCGCUCUCUUUUUGUGUUCUCUCACAUUUCCAUCCCUGCUCCCAUUCUGCCUGGCUCUUUUGCAUGGACGAGAAGUGUUCUGGAGGCAGAGGGGGAGGUAUGCUUGGCUCUGCGCAGAGCCUUCCUGGGUGCCGCACCUGGAGCAUCCACUGCAGGAUGCACGCGCCACAGAGCCAGUAAAUGGAGCGUUCGCUGGACGUGUGAACAGGGCCUGGGAGAUAGUUCCAUCACUGAGCGCUGUAGCUCUGAGGCCAGCACUCUCUCGUCGUGGCCAGACAGGUCCACCAAUGGGAGUGGAGCCUGAUGUAGCUGGGGUCUCCCCCAGGGCCUGUGGGGUAUCCAUCUCCCCAGGGGUAGGUGAACAGGAAGGCACCCUACGCUUAUGCAUGAUACAAAGACCCACACUAAAGAGUUAUAAAUAUAUAUAAACUGACACUCAAAUAGUUGCAAAGUAAUCAGCACAGUAAGGGUUAAUCACCCAAGCUAAACAAACCAGGAAAAAGGUAAAUAGGAGAGAUCUCACCAGGGCCCAGACCAGCAGUAACUACACGAGGCAAGCAAGGUAAAACGAAGGAGGGGGAGGAGAAAAAAACUUCUACUAAGCUAGUGCGUUCAGCUCGCGAACGAAGCUCGUUCGCAGGCCGUACACCUCCAAUAAGGCAAAACCCACGAACGGGCCAAAACAGAUGAACUUUCAGUUACAAGUUCGCAAACGUGAAAUAGCGAUCACGAACCGAACAUAGCCAAGAAACAAGCGUUUCUGGCGUUCGUGCUAGCAAACUGCUGAAUACCAGACCCACACUGGUCGAACUGAGCCAACAAGGGCAGCAAAAACGGCCCGGGGCUCCAGGGAGCUCUAGAAACAGGGGAAAACACAGGGGCACCAGAGGAAACAGAGCAGAAACCAGACCCAUACAGCAGGUACCAAAAAACAAAAACCUCAAGUAAGGGUAAAAGGCAUAGAGACAAGCGAGAAAAGGACAGGGGUAAAACAAAAGACCCUCAAACAGAUAAAAAUAGUCUUCAGCGGGUCUGGGACCCCGUGUCUAAUAUAGUUAUAUAACAGCAAAAUCGUAACAAAGCACAACAUUUAACAAAACCCACAGAACAGAGAAAAUUUGGUAUUUAUCUGACUAUGGAGCAGCAAAGAAAGAGGAAGAUCUGAGGGUGGUGCCUGCUAUGUUACUAUGUAUGCAUUAUUCUUUCAUUCUGUUUUGUAUCCUUUGCUGCUAUUGGUGGACAGUAAAGAAAAGGAUAUGCAAUAUGAGCCUCCGUGUCUUGUAAUAAAAUUUUAAGUUAGUAGGCCUGCACUCAUACAAUUAAUGUCUGGCACAUUGCAAACAAAAUUCCAAGAAGAAAACAGAAAUAUAUUUUUGUCUACGGAUUAUUGCAACCUCUUCCAUGGUACAACUGUGUGUGUGUGUGUGCCCCCCAAAUGCCAUGUGAGUUACACAAACUGUGUGUGUAAUAUUGCGUAUGUGUUACUCUAUGUGUGUAUACAGUGUGUAAAUUACUGUGUGUUUCUGUGUAUGUGAUCUGUGUAACGUUUUAUAUAUAUUUUACUGUGUGUGAGGAUCAGGGACCCUACAGAUAAAACCUGGGACAACAGGACAAAGGCCCUAAAUCAGGCCUGUCUAGGAGGUGGUUGAAGUGAAGGGGGUGAGAGGCAAUUCAGAUCGGAAGUAAAUUUAAAAAAAAUACACUAUUGGCCCCUAAACAUCCAGUCUACAUAAGAAUUUGCUUCAGUCAUUGUCCUUUGGAUUCUGUUCCAGAAUGCUUUGCCUUUGGAAAUACAAUUCCACGUGACAUACACAGAGCUACUGUUCAAACUUCCCAGUGGUUCAGUGCUGCCAUACAGUGGCAUUGGGGUAAAUAAUUUAUAUUUAAAGGGACACCAUAACCACUGCAUAUUAUUGUAUUCGUUGUGGUUGUAGAAGUCUGCAUCUUUUAAAUCCAUGCCAUUUUCAAUUUUCUUAUUAGUAUUGAGGCUCCACCCCCCUUCAAAACAAAAUCAUAUGAGGAAAUCUCGCUUCCCCAUUUAGCUGUUCAUGUAUUUGCAUGGCAUAAGUACUUACAGCCAGUUCAUGGCGUUCAAGUCGAUUAUCUUCACUUCCUGGAUCUGUGCUGCCGGACUGGGAAUUGUGUGUUCACUACAAUACUUGCUCGGGUUAAUGGGUAAGCCAGAGGAAAUCUCCAUACAGCAAGGAUUUAAAAGGAAAUUAUUUGGGGAAAGUUUCCUAGCUCCAAAAACACUACAAUAAGGGGUAGGGGUAGUUUAUUGCAAGAUGAAAGAGACCCAAGAACCCAGUGCUUGGAAUUCCCCCAGGAAUGGACAGCUAGUGACAGGGGUGGAUAGCUAGUCACACAAAUGCAAGGCUACUGAUGCUAUCUGAUAAGUAGUGAUGGCAUCUGACAAGCAGUUUGAAAGUAGUGACCAGUAGUUUGGACAGGCAAUUCUCUGAAAUAUAUUCUUUUACACAGUUGGAAGAGCUGGAUAAAGCCGCUGCUGCUGCAUUCACUUUCUAUGUAAAGAACCCUCAUCACGAGCAAAUCCAAGAGGAUAUUCAGCGUUACCGCAGGAUGAAAGAGAUCCAAGAACCGAGUUUCCAGGACCUAGAGCAACCACAAUACAAGGUAACACAAUUCUAGGAGGAACUUGUCCUGUGCUCUGUACUCAUAAACAUCAGGGAAGAUUUCUGAAAGUGUCGCUGACCAUUUUGCACCUUUUUUAAGAUGGGUGGCUUUUAUGUUGGUGUUUUUGCAGUGUGGUUUGUUAAAUCUGUCAGGUAUUCUGUUGUUUUUUUGCUUUUUGUAUUUUACAUCUGUUUCUUCUUUUGCCCCCUGACAAUUUUCAAUGUGUGCAAGACAAAUGUGUGAGUCUUUCCUUAUUUUUUUCUACCAGAAAAUUAUUGUUUUACCUCUUAUUUUUAUUUUUUUUGCCACAAACUUUGGCAGGUUUUAUAAAAUGUAAGUGAAUGCCAACAUUUUCUAGAAAAAAAUUGGAGCAAUUUAAUAAAUACAAACAAAUUAGAGACUAAAUAUAAAAACCGCUUUACAGGGCACUUUUGAGAAAUUUCCCUCGUUGUGUCUGAUUCCUUCCCUAGAGUACCACACUGUAGCAGAGACGGCUGUUUGUGGUCUCUGUUCACAUACUGUAUUUUCAUUUACAUUGCUGUCUGUAUCCAGAAGCUUCAUAUUCAGUCUAUCUUCUGUCUCUGUUCAGGUACAGUGUAUUCAGUUUUUCUGCUGUUUCUGUUCAUGUGCUGUGUACUCAGUCGCUCUGCUGUCACUCCUCAGAUGCUGUAUAUCCAGUCUCUCUGCUGUCUCUGUUCAAGAGCUGUAUAUUCAGAUUAUUUGUGGUCUCUGUUCGUGUGCUGUAUACUCAGUCUCCCUGCUGUCUCUCCACAGACUGUAUAUGCUCAGGCAUUGUCUUUGCUGUCCGAGGGUAAAUUCAGAGUUGCAGUUAGACGGUUAGAGGACUCACUGAAGAUAUAUCUCAUGGAACAUGAAGAUUGCCGUGCUUUGUGCGAGGGAACCCGGGAACAAGAAAGCGAGAUUUACAAGGAUUUUUCAUAUGCAAUAUCGCGUGAGUUCUCCUCUUUCAAACUCCCAUAAACUCUCUCCCUAUAAAGUAACCUGCUCUUCUUCUAUUAUCCAACCAUUACUUCCCGUGUGAUAUUAGGGUGUUAGCAUUGUUCCUCUCUCGUAGAGUAUUACCCUUGCAUGUUCCUCUCUCGCAGAGUAUUACCCAUACAUGUUCCUCUCUUGCAGAAUAUUACACAGAGGUUUUACAGUGUAAGCAGAAUUGUGCUCUAGAACCCACCUUGAGGCCCAGUGGUGAACAUUCCAAACAGGAUCCACUCAUUUCUCACUUGUCCUUAUUGCUGGACAUUUAUACCAAACGUGAGUAUACACAGCAACUGAUCUCUUUAUUCUCGCCCCUGCAAUCAGGAAGUAUCUCACAUGGGAACUGUGCAAUACGUAAUUGCCCUAGAGAAUUUAGAGGCAAUCUUGGUAAUCUGUAUGAUAUGGCUGAUUGCCCUGUAGGGUACUUUUGUCUUUUUUUGUUGAUGCCAGUUGCCCCAUGGGGUAUUUCUAUUACUUUCUCACUCUAGUUGAGGACUGGGAGGCUGCUGCUGAAAUUGUCCGUUCUCUACUGCUCUUUCAACCCCAGAAUGAGACUGCAAAAGAAAGGCUGCGGGGAUAUGAAGAAAGACUGCAGGGCAAGAACUCUGACAAACUGCGGGAGGUGAGUGUUACUUAAGGUGAACCACAGUGGAGGCUGAGUAAGGAGCUUUCAUUCCUGAACUCCAGUACUGACUGCAUACCAAGCACUCAGGUAGUAGUUGCAUGUAUCAUGAUGCUCAGAGAUAUUUGUUUUGUCACAUGGACAGAGCAUUCCAUUGUAUCUGAGAGACAUUCUCACAUAUGUACAAGUCUCUUUCUGUUCUGUGAUUUUGCAAGAAACCCAUAUUUCUAUAAAAUUUUAGUGACAAAUGAUGCAGAGUGACACUGAAUAGAAACCUAGCCCACUCUGUAUCUAAACCAACCCGCUUUUACCAUAAAAGUAAUAAUUGUUGCUAAAAUAUAAAUUAAAAAUUAUACGUGCAAUGGGAUAGAUCAGCUUUACAAUAUGAAAGGUAAAAAUAAAACAAAACAAAAGAUACAUACUCACAAUCCUAAAAGGUCCUAUGCUUAAAAUAAUGUUAUUUUUCAUACCACUCCAUUGGCCAUUAAAGUGUACGCUCAUCUACCCCGUGACGGCAAUGCUCUUAAGUUUUAAUUCACCUUGCUGCUCUCCGCUAAAAAGCAAAAUCUUAAAUGAGAAAAAGGGAGGUAUUUUUAUGAACACGAACACACUUAUUAAUCCUUUAAAGGAACACUAUAGGGUCAGGAAUACGUUUGUGUUAUAGUCCCCCUGCCAGCCCACCUUGCCUCCCUAAAUAUAGUCAAAUAAUACCUUUAUUCCAGUCUGCUGCUGCUGGCUCGGCCUCUGACCUGCCAGCUUGGCUGACAUCAUCAGGUGUUGAUCUGACCCAAUCACAAAGCUUUCACCUAGGAAACCAUUGAAUUGGCUGAGGCUGUCAAAGAGGCAGAUCAGGGGCAGAGCCAGUACAAGCCAAACACAGCCCUGGUCAAUCAGCAUCUCCUCACAGAGAUGCAUUGAAUCAAUGCAUCUCAAUGAGGAAAGUUCAGUGUCUCCAUGCAGAGGGUGGUGACACUGAAUGUCAAUGCUGCACACCACUGCCCCAGGAAGCACCUCUAGUAGCCAUUUGAGGAGUGGCCAGUGAAGGUAUCACUAGGCUGUAAUGUAAACACUGCAUUUUUCUCUAAAAAGACAGUGUUUACUGCAAAAAGCCUGAAGGGAACUCGUAUACUCACCAGAAAAAUACAAUAAGGUAUAGCUUUUCUGGUGACUCUAUAGUGUCUCUGAGACAAAAAAGGGAGUUCUUAUGAACCCCUUCACACUUAUUAACCCUUAAUAGGACACACUUGAGACAGACGGCAGCACUUUAACAUGGCUGUGUAAUACAGAAACAAAUACAAAGACACCAAAUUCAUGUGCUAACACACCAUUAUUCAUAAAAAAGAUAAAGAAGUGGUAAAAAAUAGAAUUCUCUCUCUCACAUCAUAUGUGUUAACAAGUCUAAUUUUCUGGCAGCCUUAGGCCUGGGGGGCAAAACCAGUCAAGUGGGCCAUUGCACCACCAAAUCAGUUCACCAUACAUGCCCACCUUUUCCUGGUUUUAUAACGGAUAUUGAUGUUAUGCUAAUCAGUAGCUCUUUGCCAUACCCGCUCCUUCACGGCUCCAGGCACUGCUUGUUGUGAGUGUGAGCCACUGUAAAUUAGGGGCAGAGGGCACUUGCACUGCGGUAAAGAUGGGGCUGGGCAGGAGGAGAGUGCAGUGCAAUCAGUGCACUCCCCUCCUGUGGGUCACCAGUAGACUGGUGCACCUGCCCAGGAUCAGAGCCGGUGCAAGGAUUUUUGCCACCCUAGACAAAAUAAAAAUUUGCUGCCCCCCCAUGUGACAUCACAAUGCCCCACCCAUAUGAUGUGCCCUUUGAACUAACGCCAGUGCUGCACACAGUGUGUGUUUACAUUAAAAAGCCUGCAGGGACCAGCUAUAGACACCAGAACCACUUCAUUAAGCUAUAGUGUCCCUUUAAUGUGAGGUAAAUUAUAGAUUAGUGUCACUAAUAAUAUACUAGAUUGCCUACUUACAAGCAGAUGAGGAUGAGGAUGGGCUGCAGUUUUGCUCCACUGGUCUGGUGUAGAACAGGAUCUCUGGAGGCUGUUUGCAACUGUGGUCACAAAAUUCAAUGUUCUGGGAGAAUUGGAAGCAGCUCCAUUUUUUUGGGCCCCUUAUACAGCUCAAGGUCUGGGCCCCAGGGCCUGACAGUGAGUAUGCCCAUAAGGCCCACUCAUAAGUUCCACCCAGCAAGGUUGUCUGGGGGUGGGUGUGUGGGGGAUGUGUUAUGUGUUAUUGUGGAGGAUGCUAUUAUGUGCUUAUGGUAUUAGUGUAGGGUUACCAGUUUGUGCAGGUGAUGCAGUGUGUUUGUGUGAGUGGAAGCAGAUGUGUAUUUGUGUUUAGGGAUGUAUUCGUGUUCCUGUUGUGUGUAAGGGAUGCAUUGUGUGAAUCUGUGUUUGUGGCCAUAAGGGUCUGGGUGUGUGUCUGUAUGUGUGUGCAUUGAGUGUAAGAGAUGCAUUGUGUUUCUGUGUGUAUGUAAGAAAAGAAGUGUGUGUGUUUGCAUGUGUGUGUAUGGGUUUGCAUUGUCUGUUUCUGUGUAUGUGUGCAAAGGAUGCAUUGUCUUUGUGUGUAAGGGUUGCAUUCUGUGUGUGUGUGUGUGUGUGUGUAAUGGAUUCAUUGUGUUUCUCUGUGUGUAAGGGAAGCAUGUUGUGUUUCUGUGUAUGUAUAGGGAUGCAUUGUGUGUGUGUGUGUGUGUGCGCGCGUAGUGUGAAAGAGCUCCCUGUCUUGGCCCCUGUCCUAUAGAGCUGCCCCUUCUGUCCCGUAGAGCUCUCCCCUGCACCUUAGUGGUCUCUCCUCUCCCCCACCCUCCCCUAGCAGUCUCUUCUCACACUCACCCACCCUCCCUGUACUCUUCUCAUCCCACCCUCCACCCUCCCUGUGUUCUUCUCACUCCUCCCUCUAUGUGUUCUUCUCACUCCUCCCUCUAUGUGUUCUCCUCACCCCCCCUGUGUUCGUCUUACCCCCCCUCCUCCCUGUGUUCUUCUUACUUCCCCCCUUGGUCAUCCCUCCUUCGUAUUGCUCCCCCUUCUUACCACCUCUUCUUCUUCUUACUCGCCCCUUCUUCUUCUUAACCCUCCUACUUUCUUCUUACUCCCCUUCUUCUUACCCCCUUCUUCUUCUUCCUCUUACUCCCCCUUCUUCUUCUUACUCCCCCUCUUCUUCUUACUCCCCCUUCUUCUUACCCCCUCUUCUUCUUCUUACCCCCACUCUUCUUCUUCUUCUUACUCCCCACUCUUUUUCUUACUCACCCCUUCUUCUUCUUCUUACCCCCUCUUUCUUUUCUCCCCUCCUUCUUACUCCCCCCUCCCCUUUAUUCCCCUCUCCCUCUUCUUGCUCCCUCCUCUUCUUCUUCUUGCUCCCUCCUCUUCUUCUUCUUCUUACCCCCUCUUUUUUCUUAUCUCCCCCCUCCCUCUUCUUAUUCCCCCCCCUCUUCUUAUUCCCCCUUCUUGUUCCCUCCUCCUCUUCUUCCCCUCCCUCCUCCCUCUCUUCCUUAUUCCCCCCCCCACUCCUCCCUCUCUUCUUGUCCCCCCCUCCCUCUCUUCUUAGGAGUUUCUGUUUCCUGUAACCGGCCGGACUGACAGGAAGUGCACACUCAGUGUGCACCUUCCUAUCACUCCGGCCGGCCACCGCGGACCGGAGUGCAGCUCGGCCACGCUACAGGGGAGGGGAGGGGAAGGGAGAAGCUGCAGCUGCCUGACCGCUCUUAACAGAGCGCUCAGGCGGCUGCAGUAUUUAAAGGGCCGGCUCGCCGCGGCCGGUCUUACAAGAAUUUAGGCGGCCUGGGGGGCAAUUGCCUCCCUGCCCCCCCGGCCCAGCCCGCCCCUGGGAGGGGGGACACUAUAGGGGAGGGGCACAACUGUGUUGAUCUAGCACUAUAGUUUCCCUUUAAAAUUAGAGUCCUAUGCUACUAAUGAGGCCUUAAUAAUUACUUGCCCCUGCAUAGUUAAUAGUUACUUGCCUCAGUGGUGAAUUUCUUCUUCCCAUGGCUAAAUUUGCACUCACCAAUGGUGAGUGGCAAGUCAACAUUUUUCUAGCCCUGGUUAUAGUACUCAUUAGCCAAUAUACACAGAACAAAACCAAGAAAAGAGUUGGCAAAACCUCUGUUAUUUAAAUGGAAACAGGAAACUUUUUUUUUUUUGCUCUCUAUGUCUUGGGGCUGAUGAAUAUUAUAGCCAUUGCGGCCACCCAAGAGUAACAGGAGUUUGAGUGUAGGGCUUACUAUUGUGUUUUUAAAAAUUAAAAUAAGCACAGUUGCAGAUAUCAUUUAAAGUACCAUUCCAUCUGUUUAUCUCUUUUGAUUUCUCAUGUUUCUCCCCAGUCUAUUGUCUCAUACGUUCGCCGGACUCUCUCGGAGAAGAGACUGCUUUAUUACGCCAUGGAACAUCUAAACAUUUCCUUUAAUGAUCCAGUAAGUAUUAUUUUCUUUCAAAAAAGGGGAUAUAUUAAUGAUUAUCAUUAAUUUAUUCAGCACAAACCUUAUUGCUCCAUGCCAGAAUGCUUUUCAUGGCAAAACAGCUCGUCCGUUUGAUGAGCAAUAAGCAUUUUUAUCUUAAAACAUGUAAGAAAUGGGAGAUCUUGCUCCUAUAUCUAAAAGUGGAAGAUGAAGUGGGUCUCACGUUCAUAGUCUGUACUUCCUCUAGUACCAUAUAGGCUUAGUGUCCAUUCACAGGAAGGGUACUCAAGUUUGAUAAUAAAUCCUAUUUCUCUUAGGACUCAUGGACGCCCGAAGAGAUCAUUCCAGAGAGUCUGCGAGACAGAGUGAAGUAAGUUCUUUCUCUACAGGGUGAUAAUGUGCUGUCACAUGCUGACCCUCUAACUGUCCAUUGAUUUUGUCACAUAUUGACCCUCUAUAUUAUCCCAGUGUUUACAUGUCAUAUACUUUCUAUACCAUUCUUGCAUCUUGACUGCCAUCCUGAGUUUGUGUCUGUGUCCUAUGCCAACACUCUAUACUGUACUCAGGGCAGGUGAGCGCUGAAAGCUAUGUGAGAUAUUCAUCCAUGUUGCCCCAUAUAGUAAUAAAGUUUUUUUUCCCUCGCAGAAAGGAGAGAGAAGAAAAGGAUCAGCGUGAGUAUUGGUAUUUUUGGCAUACACCUAGGAAAGGGCUGGUUGGGGUGGACAUCUCUUUAAAGACUGUAACUGUGUUGCUUUGUAGGAACCCUUCCCUUUGAAGAGGUGACUGUAACUCUGACCCCCAAGCAGAUGAAUGGGACAACACGAGUGACUCUGGAUGGUGUGAUAAAUGAAGAGGAGUGCCAGAUGCUACAGACCCUCGGACAGGUUAGAAGUUGUAAGAGGGAAAGUUUGUUUUAUUGGAACGGCCUCUGUAGGGACUUGUCACUGGCAAGAGAAUGUAUACCAGGCAUGUCAGUUUUAUGCUGUUAUCAUGCAGGCGGCAGGAGGCCCUGGCAGUGGAUUCCGUGGCAGACUGUCUCGUCACACUCCCCGGGAGAGGAUCCAGGGACUGACUGUACUAAGGGCACUGCAGGUACAUAGAAAUAAUAUUCACUUUGCAUGCUGGCUGCUUGCACAAAUCCUACUACAAAUUACCACCACAAAACAUUGACUACUAAUGCAUAUUCUAACUUCAAUGACAAUACAACUACCACCACCACCACCACCACUCUACAACUGGAAACUGCCAAGUAACAUCCAAUAUGUCAAAUAACACAGCGAUAGCACAUCCUGCAUGAGUGUGGCUUCAUAACAACAACAGCAUGCUGCUACUUAUACAACACACCAUGCAACAUGCAUUAUGCAAUUUGCAGUGAAACAAUGUCUCUCUUCUCAGAUGGCUGCAUCGGGAGCAGUAGAUUCCUCCCAUGCCCGCCUUUAUUACCGUGCUAGUGAGCGUGCCCGGGUAUUGGCGCAGUCCUAUUUCGGCACUGAGAAGCUGCACUUCUCGUUUACUCAUCUUGUAUGCCGAUCAGCAAUAGAAGGUAAAACUGAAUGUUUCCUCACAUGUUUACUGUAUAAAUAAAUACAAAAAAAUGGUGAGGUCGCUAAACAGGCACAUGCUGGAUUUUGCUAUUUCCAACCAUAUCAGGACCUGCAGAAAUCAAUUACAUUAUUACUGAGCUAUGGUUCCAUCUCUGGCGAGGUUCACUUUUCCUCUGUAUUUCCACAUAAUGAGUAAGAUAUCUUGCCUGUGAUUGUUUUUUCUUAUGUUGUAACGUCAUGCACCAAAACAGACAAUAGAAAAAAAAACAACACACACACAACAUAUAACAAUAAUCUUUUCUAGCAAAAGACAAAUCAAGAUAAAAAGGUGCCCUGAGCACAAACAGUUAUUGUAUGAUGAGAUCAAAGUCAUGGGAGGCUGUUUGCAAACAAUGACUGUAUAGGCACACAAAAAGUGUAAUUGGUGUUAUAAAGUAGUGAAAAGAGUUCUGCUAUUUGUCCUGGUCACUUUAAGAACACAAUAUAUAAAUAACAAUAAGUGUAAAUAAAAAGAGCACAUGGCUACAGCAACAGAAUCUCUGUGCCGGAAACCAGGUAAGUAAUUAUUAUUUAACUUGAAUUUUUAGCAGCAAGGUGGGUAGGCAAUGCUCCCAGCAAUAGAAGGGAACAUAUAGUCCUGGGGGAAAAAACUAUUAUUUUUGAGACUAUAGGUUCCUGCAUGGCAAGGUCUUGUAUACACUUCUGGUCGGGGAUAUAUAUAUAACACCAAGAGGGCUGCACUCACCUGAACAUGCAUACAUUAUAGGCUGCUGGGGCCAAAAUAUACAAAAUAGACAAUCCAGCGCACUCGCUUAUUCACUAAAAAAUUAUUUCAAAUCUUAAGAGAUUGAAAUAGUUUUAUUUAAAAACACCUCACCUAGGCAAAAAAUAAUGGGGGUUUAGUUACAUUAUAUGAUCAUAUAUUGCAUAAGCCUGCCACAACGUCAAUGUACCCCAUUCUUGGCAGGUCCUACUCUAACAGUCUAAUGCUUGCUCUUAUGAGAUUAAUCCACUUACUUGGAAAAUACUUCCUUAGAGCAAGCAUUAGGCUGCUAGAGUAGGACCUGCCAAGAAUGGGGAACAUUGACGUUGUGGCAGGCUUAUGCAAUAUAUGAUCAUAUAAUGGAACUAAACUCCCAUUAUUUUUUGCCGAGGUGAGGUGUUUUUAAAUAAAACUAUUACAAUCUCUAAGAUUUGAAAUCAUUGUUUAGUGAAUAGGCAAGUGGGCUGGAUUGUGUAUAUAUAGAAGCAGUUUGUUGUAGUAAUGUUAGUAGACUUCAGAAUCUAUACAUCAGGUUUUUUUUUCACAAGGCUUUUCACUAAACUCCAAACUGUAGGGAAUAGAAUUUAGGUUAAAAUAGCGGAUCUGUAGACAUUCUCCAACUCUGCUACAGAGAGGAUAAAUACUAUGUAUGCUAAAAUGACCUGUCCUCUUUUAAUCACGGUUUUAGCAGUAUUUUUCUAUAAAAGAUGUAAAAGUCACUCCAAAACACAUAUAUAUUACUGCCAACAGUGUACCCCUGACUGUUACGUGGACAGUUGCGGCUUCACGGAUAUUAACGGCAAAGUUAAGUCUGUUUGCUUUGUUAGAGAACACACCCUUCUGGAAAGUAUGCGUGCAAAAAUAAAUUGUUUUCUGAGAUUAUUUUGUGUACUUUGGUAAUAAACCUUUAAGGCAGUUUGUUUUUCCACCAAGUAUUUGUGGAAAUGAUGAAAUACUAAUAACUUAGUUUGUGUUUUCAUUCCAAAACUAGUAACACCAGUUAGAUUGCUGUCUGUGGACAUAAAUCCCAGUAUAACCCACAACACACACACACUAUUCCAUGACUCCUCAUUGCUGGAUGUAGCAGAUAGUGAAACAAAAUAAUGUAUUCAGUCCUUUAUUUGUGGAUACAAAGUAGCAAUGACACUCUUAUUUCUACAUUAACUAGAUUGCAGAUCUGGGGUUCUAUAGUGCUCUGGUAUGUGUGUAAUUAUUACUGAUAUUGGUAAGUAUCAGAUGAUGAUCUCAGCAGGUUUUGGUCCUUUCCCAUUGCAUGUUGUAGAUAAACCACAUCACUAACAUGGGUUAUCUCUACCCAUGCAAGGUUAAUGGUCUAGAGUUUAAAUCAAUGCUAAUUAUUCUUCUACUUGACUACAUUUCUUACUUACAUUCCCACCAUGGAUGACUAUUCAUCUAAUUCUUUAGAAAAGGAAAUUAAUAAUGCAAGUAGAUAAUGUUGUUUAAGACACAGAUAAAAUAAAAUGUUGCAUUCAACAAUAUGGUUACCUGUCUCUCUAUAUGUCGUUUUAGGAGAACAGGACAGCCGAAAUGACUUUAGUCACCCAGUUCAUGCUGAUAACUGUAUACUGGACCCAGAGGAGAGGGAAUGCUGGAAGGAGCUUCCUGCGUACGUACACAGAGACUACAGGUAUGUUGUUGGAGAGAUGGGUUGAGACAAAAUAUUUCUGUUCAUUAAUAUUGGAAGCUCAGAAUUUGUUCGGAGAUACUGCCCGCAGAAGAAAUGAUUGGGGAUGUUGCACCCCAUAUGCAAGUGGAAUGGUUGGGGUAGUUGUAUGCUGUAACCAGUUGGUAGAGUAGGAUGGUGUAUGCUGGAUAAAUUGUCAGGGAAUGUGAAGAUAUCUGAUGGAGAAAUGGUUGGAGGAGUGACGUUGCGUUUACUAAAGGAGUGGUUGCAUGAGUAAUUCUGUAUGGUGGAGGAAUAGUUAAGUGGUGGAUGCGAUCUUAUAGAGGAAUGGUUGAGGGAGAAAUGCAGUCUGAUGGAGGAAUGGUUGUAGGAGUGACACUGUGUUUACUGGGAGAAUGGUUGAGUGAGGGAUGCGAUAUGAUGGAGGAAUGGUUAGAGGAGUGACAUUGUAUUUACUGGAGGGAUGGUUGAGAGAUGCUGUAUGAUGGAGGAAUGGUUAAAGGAGUAACAUUGUGUUUACUGGGGGAAUGGUUUAGUGAGGGAUGCUGUAUGAUGGAGGAAUGGUUAGAGGAGUGACGUGUUUACUGGAGGAAUGGUUGAGUGAGAGAUGCUGUAUGAUGGAGGAAUGGUUAGAGGGGUAACAUUGUGUUUACUGGAGGAAUGGUUGAGUGAGAGAUGCUGUAUGAUGGAGGAAUGGUUAGAGGAGUGACGUGUUUACUGGAGGGAUGGUUGAGUGAGAGAUGCUGCAUGAUGGAGGAAUGGUUAGAGGGGUAACAUUGUGUUUACUGGAGGAAUGGUUGAGUGAGAGAUGCUGUAUGAUGGAGGCAUGGUUACAGGAGUAACAUUGUGUUUACUGGAGGAAUGGUGGAGUGAGGGAUGCUGUAUGAUGGAGGAAUGGUUAGCGGAGUGACAUUGUAUGUACUGGAGGGAUGGUUGAGUGAGAGAUGCUUUAUGAUGGAGGAGUGGUUCGAGGAGUAACAUUGUGUUUACUGAGGGAAUGGUUUAGUGAGGGAUGCUGUAUGAUGGAGGAAUGGUUAGAGGAGUGACGUGUUUACUGGAGGAAUGGUUGAGUGAGAGAUGCUGUAUGAUGGAGGAAUGGUUAGAGGAGUAACAUUAUGUUUACUGGGGGAAUGGUUGAGUGAGGGAUGCUGUAUGAUGGAGGAAUGGUUAGGGGAGUGACAUUGUGUUUACUGGGGGAAUGGUUUAGUGAGGGAUGCGGUAUGAUGGAGGAAUGGUUAGGGGAGUGACAUUGUGUUUACUGGGGGAAUGGUUUAGUGAGGGAUGCUGUAUGAUGGAGGAAUGGUUAGAGGAGUGACAUUGUGUUUACUGGGGGAACUGUGGCGUGAGCGAUGCUGUAUGAUGGAGGAAUGGUUGUAGAAGAGACUUUGUAUUUACUGGAGGAAUGGUUGAGUGAGAGAUGCUGUAUGAAGGAGGAAUGGUUAGAGGAGUAACAUUGUGUUUACUGGGGGAAUGGUUUAGUGAUGGAGGAAUGGUUAGAGGAGUAACAUUGUGUUUACUGGAGGAAUGGUUGAGUGAGAGAUGCUGCAUGAUGGAGGAAUGGUUAGAGGAGUAACAUUGUGUUUACUGGAGGAAUGGUGGAGUGAGGUAUGCUGUAUGAUGGAGGAAUGGUUAGAGGAGUGACAUUGUGUUUACUGGAGGAAUGGUUGAGAGAGGGAUGCAGUAUGAUGGAGGAAUGGUUAGAGGAGUGACAUUGUGUUUACUGGAGGAAUGGUUGAGAGAGGAAUGCAGUGUGAUGGAGGAAUGGUUAGAGGAGUGACAUUGUGUUUACUGGAGGAAUGGUUGAGUGAGGAAUGCUUUCUGAUGGAAAUAUGGUCUGGGGACCAGGAUGCUUUGUGAUGGAAGAACAGCCUGAGAAGUGAGUCUGUGUUGCUGAAAGAUGGUCAGGGAAAUGAGACCCUGUGUGCUGUUGGAACUGUAGAGAAGUAAGUCGUCUGUUAGAGGAAUAUCAGGGUAGGUGAACUGUGUGCUAGGGGAAUGGCUGUGGGACAGAAAUGCUUUUUUUUUAUUUGGGUUAUGGUUGGAGAGAAUGAAUACUCUUUGUGGAGGAAAUAGUUGGAGGCAGGAGAUGAUGUCUACUGGAGGAAUGUUUGAUGGAUGAGGAUGGUGUCUGCUGGAGGAAUGGACUAUGGGCAGGAAAGAUAUCAGCUUAAUGAAUAGUUGUUGCCUUGGAUAGCGACUGUUGGAUGUCUAGUGUACUGGUAUAUGUUUUCCAAAGAAAUGUUUAGGUGGCUUUAAUGGUGUAUGAUGGUGGACUGGAUAUGGAAUUGGGAUGGUGCCUCCUGAAGCUGCUGGUCUGGGGACUAAUGUGGAGUUUUCUGGAGGAAUAGUUGUGGCACUGGCGUGAUGUCUGCAGGGAGAAUGUUCUGGAAAUUGGCAAUGGUGUCUACUAAACAAAUUGUCACUUGAACUGUUUGUAACUGUAAAUUCACAGUGGUGUCCUAUACCUGAAUGACGAUUUCCAGGGAGGAGACCUCUUCUUCACAGAAUUAGAUGCAACAACAGUAACGGUGAGUGGUGUCAUUCAGACAUCAAGUAGUACCAGACCUAAUACUAUGAAAGUGUAGAUGAGAUAUUUAUCUAUAAAAAGUAAAGAUAGCUAUUAGAAGCACAAUGUCUCAAUACAUAUGUACAUUCUGAGAUUAUAUAUUUCAAUUAACAGUAUAAAUCAAACACAAUGUUUCAUCUUAUUAUGUAUUUAAUUUGAAGACUUUAUCUCUAGACUGUACAUCUGAAGGAAAGUUUGCAACUUAUGAUGUCCCCACUAAAGCUAUAGCAUGGAGGGAAAAAACUACAGUGUUAAAGGACCACUAUAGGGUCAGGAAUACAAACAUGUAUUCCUGACUCUAUAGUGUUAAAACCACCAUCUUGCCUCCCUAAAUAUAGUAUAAUCGUGCUUGUAUUCAAGUCUGCAGCUGCUGGCUCUGCCCCCGUCUGCCUCAGACAUUCCUGCUGUAUGCUGACAUUAUCAGAAGUGAUUCUGUGAGCCAAUCAAAAUGCUUUUCCAUAGGAUUGGCUGAGACUGUCAAUGAGGCAGAUCAGUUGCAGAGCCAGCACAAGUCAAACACAGCUCUGGCCAAUUCGCAUCUCCUCAUAGAGAUUAAUUGAAUCAGUGCAUCUCUAUGAGGAAAGUUCUGUGUCUCAAUGCAGAGGGUGGAGACACUGAAUGGCAGUGCUGCUCACUGUGCAGCACUGCCCCAGGAAGCAACUCUACCAGCCAUCUGAAGAGUGGCGAGUGAAGUCAUCACUAGGCUGUAAUGUAAACACUGCAUUUUCUCUAAAAAGAUAGUGUUUACAGCAAAAAGAAUGAAGGGAAUGAUUAUACUCACCAGAACAAAUACAAUAAGCUGUAGCUGUUCUGGUGACUAUACUGUCCCUUUUAACCCCUUAAGGACCAAACUUCUGGAAUAAAAAGGAAUCAUGACAUGUCACACAUAUCAUGUGUCCUUAAGGGGUUAAAUAGACAAUGAAGUCACUGUAAUAAUUUCAUCUCAUUGAAUUGGUUAUAGUGCCUGAAGUCCUCUGGCAUUAUCUCCCUAUUCAUUGUUAAACCAUUUUUGAGUAUUUUAACACUAAAUAAGAGUCCCUACUGGAUGCGUGGCUAAAGCAAAUAUUUAAUAUCCUUUAAAACCAGACCAAUUCAUACCAGCAAUGGGCACAGUUAUGCGUUUAAAGCAGUCAACUGAUACCCUCAGCCAAUCACAGCCAGCAAUUGCUGCUCAGAUCAGUAUUUCCUCAUUAGUCUAAGCAGCACAGAGGAGGUGGGCUGCUGGGGACUCUUACUUAUUAUUAAAACUUUAGAAAUGUUUUAAUGCUGAAUGAAGGGACUGUCCCAGAGGACGCCUGACACUAUGACGACUUCAAUGAGAUAAAGCUGUUACGGUGCCUAUGGUGUCACUUUAAGAUUUUGCCACAAUGCCAUAUUUUAUUUAAUUUUCUUUCCAUAUAUGUGUAGUAAUACGUAUGAAUGUGCUGUAUGCUACUUGUAUUCAUUUGUAAAUGUGUUACCAUGCUUGAUAGCAGGGUAAGCGUGGGAUGUGUUCUUCACAGUAACUGUCUUAUUGAUGGUGUCUUAUAUUUUCUUUCAGGUGUUUAUAAUUGCUUAAUGAGUAAAUGCGUUCUGUGCUGGCCUUAUGUUAAUAUCUCCAUCCAUGCUCCUGAUAAUACAAUUGUAUGGUGCCAUUCAGUAUCUAUAAGUUUGGUUUGGAGUAGUUCACCACUUCUGGUACAAAUUUUCACAGCCCUUAGACAUGUUCACAUUUUAUAGUUACAAACCAAUUCACUGACAAACAUCAGUCAGUGAAAUUUUUACAUGGAGUGCCAUUAUGUCUAUCAUUAAAACACAGAAACUAUACAGUACUCAGCAUUUCAUCUAGAGAUAGCUGCCAACCCUUCAAUUAACUGGGUAAGGAGGACAUAAGCCAGAGAGAUGUCCAGUAGGUCAAUGGAAAAUCUGAAGUACCCUGUGAAAUCCUUGGGUGAGAAGGGUGAAACAGACUAUGUGAUGGUAGUUCUAGCUGUGGAUGAAAAUAUAUAGGUCUGAUCUAGUAUUGGAUGAUAUCAAAAGACAUGUAAUGCACAGCAAAAAUGUAAAUAUAUUGGAAGGAUUUAUUAGUGGCAUUAAUACUAUAGCUCUUAAUGCUCUGUGAACAUUAUUGGCACGGUGUAGAAUGAUGGUGACAGCGUCAGAUUAUGGAGAUACUUUCCAUUGACCGGGAAACUGAUCAUUAAUGGAAAAAUGGAUAGAAUCAAAUAGAGACCAGUUCUAGAGGAAUGUAUGUUUCAGGCGCAAGGAUCCUGGAACGGUAAUGGGGGUUCCAAAACAUUUAGCAUCAAACACCUAAAUGCCUAGAAUAACCCUAAUAUUACCACAAAAAAGCGCGCUAUGCAGACAAUCUGGAUAGUGUAAUGUACAGUAAGCAGUAAUGGGGAGAACUCACAUGGACCAGAGCCGUAUCACCCCGGGCUCUGGGUUUGAAAAGAUCCACUGGAAAGGGGAGUAUCCCCACACUGUGCUGACAGGAUCUGGAUAGUAGGCUCCCAGUGAACAGAUGAUUCUAUGCAAUACAGGAGAGAGAGAGGCAGAUCCCAUGGAGAGCCGGCCCCAUUUUCUUCCCAUGGGUCCUCUCGGGCCAGUGAGGAGAUCAGAGAGCUCCCUCACCGGCCGAAUGCCCUUCGUUAGAGGAGAGGGGGGCGGAAGGACUUGGGAGGCAGGUCGCUCCUCGCGCAAGCAGGCUGUGUGGAGCGUUGCCUACAAAACUCACCACUGGACCCCCCCCCCAAACCGUGGCUGGUUCCCUUAUUUACCACUAUAACGUCUUAAGGCAUAGAACUUAGUAGGGCUAACCAUACAGAUAUCUUAGCCAAAAUUUCAUAUAGUGAGUGUAAGAGAUCCUCUAUUUAACAUAUAUAAAUAAUUGAGAAUACCAUAUAAAAUAAGGAUUGUCUUGGAAGCUUUCCAAAUAUUUGGCUAGAAUUGGUUGCAGAUAUUGAAUCCGCAUCAUCUGUUAUCACCGUGGUGAUGGUGUUGGUAUUUGUCUUUUGUCUUUGCUUGUUUGCUUUUUGUUUUGUUUUUUCCAUGAAACAUUUUUACACCGUUUAUGAUGUGUAUAGAUACGCUCCGAUAUUCUUUUACGGAAUAAAUUAAUUGACGGCAUUUCCAAGACAUUGUCUUAAGUGACAUGGAUCCAAUUAUAGUAAAUGUUAUGUUGAGACAGCAAUCGAAGUGGAUUCUCAAGAACGCCUCUUUUUGCGGCAAUGGAAUCUUUGUAACACCUCUACAUCUCAAUGACAUCAGGUGCUGUUGUGCUAAAAAUGUUAACAGGUAAAAUCUGUGGGAAUAUCUUUACAUUUGUUAUACUUUGUAUAAUAAUGAUAGAUGAAAUAGUAACAUAGCUAAUCUUUCUAGUGUUUUGUACUAGAGAUAAACACCCUUGUAUAUGAUUUAGAUACAUAAGGAUAAUUUGAAUCAGCAAAGUAUUUACCGCCUUUGUUCACAAUGGUAUGUAAAAUUACAUUCUCUUUAAAUGUUAAAAAUACUCUUUUAUUCAAAAUCUCUCAAUAUAUUUAGAAUAGUUGCAAAUUGGAAAUAUGACAUUAAUUAUCGUUCUGUGACCUGUUAGGGAGAAGACAACUUAUUCCCUAAUAAUAACUACAGUUAUUAGUGGCUUAAAAUACCAGAAACACCCAAAAAUUGUCUUAAAAACUUUUUUUUUUUUUUUUUAAACCAAGAUCUGACAGCCAUUGUGGAAAGUUACAUUCGUGAGAUUGGAUGCUUAACAAUGUGAAUCUUAAUUGUUUAAAUAUAUUUACCAGCGGCUAUUGGGUGUAGCUUAAGAUGAUUUGGAUUUUUAUUAUUUCUAAAAGUGAGUUAAAAAAAAAAACACUCAGAAACAAUAUUGAAGGUAUUUAUAUUUUAGCUCUACCUUUGUAGAAGUGGUUUUAACACUUCCAUAACAAUAGAUAUCAGAAUCUGUUGUAACUAUAACUGGUUGAAGUGGGGGUAUGUUACAAUCAGAAUAUGAAUUAAUAAUCAUCUACAUGAUAGCUUAGAUGUGGCAGGAUCAUUACCACAAGGUAUAUGUACCUUUAAUCAUCACAAACCAAAUUUAAUUUUCUUGGUAUUUGAAAAAACGAUUAAAUAUUUGAUUACGUGUAUUUUAAUACAUACACAUAUAUAUAUAUAUAUAUAUAUAUAUAUAUAUAUAUAUAUAUAUAUAUAUAUAUAUAUAUAUAUACACACAUAGAGUGGUAUGGAUGUUGAAUUUAUAUCUUUGACAUCUCUUCACCAGUUUGCAAUAGGUGACCUAAAUGAUCAAUUUCCAAAAUAAUCAUGUAUAUCACCUGGACGGGUUACUUUCCAUUGACUGGCCUUAGCUCUGGCAGACUGAACAUGUUUAUCAAUGUAAAUAUAGGUUUGUGAUAAGUGAAGUAAAGAUUCUGCCUAUCUUUCAGUUAAAUUUUAACUGUUGAAGUACUUCACUUAUAUUAAUUAGAUUAUAUUAAUUAUACCACUCUGCAAACUUAAACAAAUAUAGAGUCGUUUCUGAUUUAAUAAAAACAUUUUACAUUUUCUUCUAAAGUUUAAACAUUAUUCAUUAUUGCAGUUGUUAUUGUAAUCAUAUGAUCUUUAACUAUCAUGAUUCAAUUAUUCAUUUGGGUAAUUAGCUGUUAUGCUCUUAUACUUUAUGUCUAAUAUAUUUGUUUGUAGGCCAGACUGCAGAUGCAUAUGGCAUUUUAGCAAUAAUCUUCAAUUGCGUUUCAGAUAUUCACAAAGUCUAUCCACCUUUGUAAUUAACACAUUAUGUGUUUAUUUUAUACCAUUAAUUAUAGUAUCUGUAUUAUAUUACACAUUGUCACUGACACAUUUCUGAUACAGGGAAAAAAAUAGCAUGAUUGCUUUAGUAAUUAUACAUUUUCUGUCCAUGCACCACAUUCCUGGAAGUCCAGAAUAUAGCAAGAAUCCUUUGUCGUUUGAAUCUAUAGAGCCAUUUAACGUUUUGAUGGGUAUAGUUAUACCAAUAGAGCAAGGAGUACAUCGGUAGAUCACAUCUGCAACAGAACCAUUACAGAUUCCUUGUUGUAUCAAUGUCUCUGUGUUUAUGUUUACUGGAGUUCCUUGCUUUGCAGGUAUGUACAUAAUAUGUAGAGUUUAAGAAAAGCUGCAAAUCGUGCUUUAGUACAAGUGUCCCAUGAUGUCAGGUUUCUGAAAGGUUUUGCUGGCCUUUUAUAAUCCAUUCUCUUGGCAGGACAUCUGCUUUUAGUAGGCCGGUCUUGUUGUUAUUUAUUAAUUGCAUCAAGGUUUCUUUCAUUAAUUGAUGUUUCUUCUGAAUUCAAAUUCAUAUGCCACCAAAUGUCAUUGUAAAUUUCAUUGUUACAGAAUAUUGUUCCAGGAUGGUUUUUCACUCCAGUAGGAAAUCUAUAUUCCUCUUCAUCUGCUCCUUCCUAUUAACCACUUUUUCUGAGUUGUAGGUAUCAAUCUGUGUCUUGUACUGUGAGGUGUUUUGAUAGUCAAUCAGGUUUUCUCAGUACCAUGUUCCAUCUUGAGAAACAGCUGGGUGUUGACAGCUAUCAGCCUUUAUUUAUUUUUCUGGUCAUCUUCUGUCUGGAAACAUAAUAGCAAUGUCCAGAAUUAGCAUAGCACUUCUUUUCAGCAUAAGAAGGCUGUUUGUGGUAGUCACUCAAUGAUAAACUAUAUGGCAAAGUAUUUUCUUAAUCACCUUCAUAUGUGCAUCCAAAGUCUUUCACAAUCAUCUGUCCCAUCUUUUUUCUGUUUUCAGCAUGCUUUGCCAUCAUCGUUGAGUCCAUUAUUAGGAUUUGUAAUCGUCCAAUUAAAUCUUUCUCAUGUAUAAUCAGUUUUUGGAAUGAUCUCAAUAGGUUCCUUGUGAAAUACCAGUGUAGGUCACAUUAGCAAUCAUUUCACUGUGAACUGUGUCUCUCCUUUCGAGAUGGUUCUUGGAGGUAGUCCUCAUGAUCACAGAACUUGUAUUAUGUGCAGUCCAAUUCAAUUCAGGUGCUUCCUGCUUGUUAAUAUAAUCCCAAUGCAGUUUUAAAACAACAGCUAGGGUUGAUGUUAUGAUAAUGCUGCAGAUUGUAAGAAGGAGACACCAUCCUUUUGCUUGCAUCUUUGCAUUUCUUUCUUACUGUAUAAGAUAAUUCAGGUACAGUCUUUUUUCUCCAGAGUCUUUCUGAUGAUGUUGAUGAUUCAUUUUUCAUACAUUCCAUGUUAACUGUGAACGUAUCACGUCUGUCUGUUCAUCCUUCUUCUUCACAUUUGCAGGUUCAGAUGUCAGAUCAUGAUUCAGUCUGUUACGUGGCUAUGAUUCUGGUGUCGUCCUCUGUUUUAUCUUGCCAUCUUUAACAGCAUCCAUUGUAUCAGUCAAUGGUUCUGUAAACGUCCUGGAAGUAUUUAGCAGGUUUUAAAAUAUCAAAACUUACUGUUCUCUGUUGGCCUUGAUUGUUCUCUGUAAUAAAAGUUCUCGGAGUCACCCUCUCCAGGACAAACUGGCCAACAGUAAGAAAAAGUUGGUGGUGUAUGGUGAGUUGGGCUGAAAAAAAAAAUUCCCUAAAUUUCUCUAAUAGAAUGGUUCUAAGCUCUCCCUGGUGCAGAAAUAUGUUUGUCAGUGAAAAACAUAUAACAUUUCAUAUGGUGUCUCACCAUUUGUAUCAGGUAUGUUGUGAAUGCUCAUCUGUACCAUAGGAAUAAAUAGAUACCACUGUGUGGGGCAAGCAACUGGUAACUUGGUUAGUAAUAAUUUAACCUCAGCAUUUUCCCAGACCACAACCCCACUACUUUGGGGAUGGUUGGGUGCACUGAAAUCCCAAAGUAACCAAAAUGUGGUUGCCCAGUUUUAGGUUUCCUUUGCAGUAACUGCAGGACCACCAUCCAAAUGGAUGGUCCUGGGAUUAUCAAAUGCAUACUAAGGAAGUGAGACUAGAAAACGUGGCAUCAGAGGUUGCACUUCGCACAGGAUAUAUCCAAGUAAACCUGGCACAUGCAUCAACACAUACAAAAACAUAUUUAUAACCCUGAGAUGUUGGCAAACUUCCAAUAUAUAGUAAUUCAAAAAGUACGUUAGAUAUUAAUAUUUCAAUAAAUAGUACAUCAGUAAUGUGGCAAUAAGCAAAUGCUUAUGAUUACCAAACACAUGAAUUACAGUAUUUCCCAUAUUGGGCCACCAAUAUUCCUUUUCAGGAGUCAGAAGUACAUUACCUCUCUCUAUAAGAGCUUGUCCUAGCCAUGAAAAAGCUUUUGGGCAAGUCUAUCUUUCCUCUAUAGGAAGAACAACCAACAUAUAUUACCUUCAAUGGUUAUUAUGUAAUUAACCCCUCUAAACGAUAGGAGUAUUUAUGCAGAUACCAUGUGGAUUAUUUCUAGAUAUCCUUGCAAGCAUAAACUCUGCAUCAUGACUGAGAGAUAGGGUAUGCUUUUGUGAUCCAGUGACCACAGAAAAGCGUUGGUAGACACAUUGCAUCAAAGUGCCUGUUAACGACCAACUAUAUGAGGAGAGGGACCAAGCUUUGUUAUAAGCAUGUCCAUACACGUAUUACCAGGGCCGGCGCGUCGGCUCUGGGGGUGCAACAUUCCAGUGACCGGCAGGAGGGAAGUGCUCCCUCCUGCCAGGUCACCUCCUGGAUCCCCGGCGCGGCGUGCGGCUGAAUUGGAUUCAGAGGUGGCGAGGGAGCUCUGAUCUCUCUGAUCUGCUCCCUCGCAGGCUGUUUACUGAUUACGUCAUAUUCCGGCUCCCGCGGCAUCAGUAAACAGCCUGCGAGGGAGCAGAUCAGAGAGAUCAGAGCUCCCUCGCCACCUCGGCAUCCAAUUCAGCCGCACGCCUCCCAGCAGCCCCACUGGACCACCAAUGAGAUACCCACGCCAGCUCUCCAGGUAGGGAGGCUGGGUGGGAAAUUUUAAUUUAAUUUAGAUUAUUAAUUACUGUGUGUGUGUGUGCAUGUGAGUAUAUGUGUGUGUGUGAGUUUGUGUGUGUGUGUGUGGUUCUGUCAGUGUGUGUGUGUGUGAGUGAGUAUGUCUGUCAGUGUGUGUGUGAGUGAGUGUGUCUGUCAGUAUGUGCGUGUGUGCAUGUGAGUACGUGUGUCUGUGAGUUUGUGUGUGUGUGUCAGUGUGUGUUUGUCAAUGAGUCUGUCAGUGUGCGUGUGAGUGUCUGUCAAUGAAUGAGUGUGUCAGAUAAGUGAGUUUGGCUGUCAGAGAUGUCUGUGUGUUUGUCAUUGAGCGUGUGUGACUGUCAGUGUUUAUACACCCCUGACUGUAGCGUGGCCAAGCGGAGUGUACCGUGGUACAGAAACCUCUGUUUCCUGUACCUGGCAGGACUGACAGGAAAAGCUCACUGUACCAGGAUUCGCUCCGCUCAGCCACGCUACAAGAAAGGUAGGAGGCACACCAGGAAGGGGAGGGGAUCCACUAUGGGGGUGGGUGGCGCACCAAGGGACAGGGAGAGGAGGGGAGAGAUACCCUAAGGUACAGGAAAAGGAGGGAGGGAGAGGAACACUAAGCGACAGGGAACAGAGGAGGGAGGGGAGAGGAACACUAAGGGACAGGGAAAGGAGGGGGGAAGGGAAAGGAACACUGAGGAACAGGUAAAGGAGGAGAGAGGGGAGAGGAACAGUAAGAGUCAGAGAAGGGAGGGGACCAUUAAGGGACGGGGAGAGGGGCUGGAUGUGAAAGAAACACACAGCGGGGCUUGAGAAGGAAAGAGACAUACACAAAGGAGCUGGGAAGAAUAAAAGACACAAAGGGGCUGGGAGAAAAGGAGUCACACAAAGGGGCUGGGAGGAGUAAGACACAAAAUGUGGGAGGAUGUAAGAGUCUUACAAAGAGGAGAGAUAGGAGACACACAAAAGCAAAAAUAGGAGAUAAAAUACACUAAAGGGAGUCAGAUAUUUAAAAGACGGGAUAAGAAACACAAAAGGGAGGUUAAGAGGCACAUGGGUGAAGAUGUUUUUGCGGUGGUGGAAAAAUGCAUCUUCGCCUAUGUACCCAAAAUUCUUUGCACCGGCCCUGCGUAUUACAAUGCCAGGCUUUCAAUUUGUUUCCACAAAGCAAUAUGUAGUUGUGGAUAUAAACUCAUGACGUAUCGUAAGAAAAACGAUUUGAACACCAGACUGAGAUUCGAGAUCAGUGAAGAGUGGACCAAAAUAUAUAAAUGAAAUCCUAUCAAUUAAUAUACUUUCAAUAUAUUUUCUUUAAAUUACUUUAUCCUCUGUAUUAACUAUGAAAUAUUAAAGUUAAAACAAUAACAUUUAAAAGCCAACUUUUAGUGUGGAUAGGAAUUACAAGGCCGUUCAUAAUGUGAGAUAAAGAACAGCUUUCUUAAAAACUGAAUAGUUUGUGAACACAAAAUGACCUUGCGCUGAAAACUCACUUGCAGGGGGGAACCUCCCUCAAAGUCCCGAUUACUUUGCAAGAAACAUGUCGUCCUUAAAUACUGGGUAAGUAUAUUAAACAGUGAAAUAGCAUUUUUACCCUGUGUAUUAUUUUGUCACAGCUAUAAUGUGCAGUAUAACAAACUAUUUAUAAGUGUUGUGCCAACUGUUCAUUAAAAGCCAGUAUUCUAGUGAGCUAUAGAAUAUUUAUUUAUUCUUUAAAACUCUGACCUCAAUCGGCAAAGCAAUAUUUUAAUGGUGUCCAUUGCAAUCUGCUAUCUAUACUUGCUGCUCUCAAAAAUUCUGAAUAUGUUCAGAGAUUUCUUGGGCAAUAAUAAAUCCCCCAAAAAACAACAACUUUGCAUUUAUGCUAAACCUGCCUGUUGUAAAUGGAUUCUGUAUAUUUCUUGACAUAAGUACUUGUACUUAAUCUGUUUAACAAAGCUGUUUAUAUUGUCACUGUUUAUAUUGUAAAAAAAAAAAAAAUACAUUUUAUUAUUAUUUAUUUAUUUAUUUUAACAAUUCUUAAUUUUUAAAGAUACCUGCAUAUUUAAUUUAAUAUCCUUUAUAUGUCUUUAAGGCAUAAAAUAUCUGCAAAUUAAGAUUAUAUACAAAAAUGCAUGUUCUGGAUGUCCCCACAAUACCUCUUCUAUUAUUAUAAUUUUUUUAAUUUUUUUUUAUUUUUUUUAAAUUUAAGCAUAAAAUCUGAUUCCUUUUAGGAUGAGCACCCCUCUUAGCCCCCCAGUUUCAGAGGCCCCUUUGGAGGGGACCACAGAAAAGUAUAGAUUCUAUAAAAUAGAUGCUUUGGACAGUAAUGUCACUUUAAUUAUACUUUUCAUAUAGCAGAUAUGUGAUAUGCAAUGUGAUUUAAUAUAUCAAAACGUUAUCCUUUGACACUGCAUUUUUUUUUAUACAUUAUUCUUUAUGCAUUAUUAUUUUUCUUUUUUUCUUAAUUUUUAAUGUCUGUUUAGAAUAUUGCAGGCUUUGCAAUAUCAAAUUAAUUUUGCAGCAUAUAUAUAUAUUCACAAUGCUCUUACAACAUAUUAUUAUUAUUAUUAUUAUUAUUAAAAUUGGCCUCUUUCAGAAUUGUAGAAUAUGUGGUGGAACUGAAUCCCCAUAUAUGAGAUUUAAAACUGUAUUUUUAUUUCUACGCUGUGCCCUAAUCUGUAUUUAUAUACAUAAUUGCGGCAGCAUAUAGCUUUUAAAGAAGCAAAUAUUUCACUCAUCAUGUGUGGUUGACUGUGGACUUUUUAAAACCUACUUUUCUUUUUAAUUUUUUUUAUAAAUCCGUUUCUGGCUGUGAGAGAGCAGGCUGCCGAAUGCAUGUAAAUGCUCUUAUUGCCUAGUCUAUAUAAAUUUAUUUAUAAACAACAUUGAUAUAUUUAUAUAUAAACAACUUUGAAAUUAAAUUUUAUAUUUUAUGAAAACCUAGUUUAUGAAAUUCACUGAGAUUACAUGUGUCUGAUCUGAUUACAGUCAGUAGUACAAUAUCAUUGUUCUAAUUUCCUUACUGCUAGCACUACAAGUACAGUGGGAUAGUACCAGGCCCGGACUGGCCAUCGGGCAUACCGGGCAAAUGCCCGGUGGGCCGCGAUGGCCGUGGGGCCGAGGCCGGCAGGGGAUCUCCCCGGCCGGCCCCUGCAGGGCCAGCGCUAUCUGAGCGCCAGCCCUGCAUAGUGCCUCCAUGGGCCGGUGGGGAGAUCAAAGAUCUCCCUCACCGGCCCACAGGCAGGGAGAUGCGGCCGCUGGCUGGGUGAGGGAGGGAGGGAAGGAGGACCCGGCGGAGCUCUAACAAGCAGCUCCGCCGGUCCUCUCGCGGGAUUCUGAGCGUUGCCGCGCCAACGCUCAGAUCUCGCGAGAGUUCCUGCAGGUUAGAGUUCACUCUCACCACUGGACCACCAGGGAAGGCAGCAUGGCUCCCCACCCCCCAGGCAGAACGGAUCUCCUCCUCCCCCCUCCCACGAUAAAGGUAAGAAGGGAGGGGGGAAAUAUAUAUAUAUUUUUUUUAUUAGUAAAAAAAAAUAUUUAAAUUUACAUAAAAAAUACAUUCACUCACACCCCCAGCACCCCCCAGACACAGCCCCCAGACACACACAGCACAGCACCCCCCAGACACACACAGCACCCCCCAGACACACACACAGCACCCAGACACACACACUGCACCCAGACACACACACUGCACCCAGACACACACUGCACCCCCAGACACACACUGCACCCCAGACACACACAGCAGACACACACACAGCAGACACACACACAGCAGACACACACAGCACCCCCAGGCACACACACAGCAGACACACACAGCACCCCCAGACACACACACAGCACCCCCAGACACACACACAGCACCCCCAGACACACACACAGCAACCCCUUGCACACAGACCCAGACACAGCACCCCCAGACACGCACCCCUAGACACACACAAAGUAACCCACACAGACACACACACAGCACCCAGACACACACACAGCACCCAGACACACACAGCACCCAGACACACACAGGCCAGCACCCAGACACACACUGCACCCAGACACACACACUGCACCCAGACACACACUGCACCCAGACACACACUGCACCCCCAGACACACACAGCGCACCCAGACACACAGCGCACCCAGACACACAGCACCCCCCAGACACACAGCACCCAGACACACACAGCACCCUCACUCACACACAUAGCACACUCCCACACAUAUACAGCACACACAUAUAUAUAUAUAUAUAUAUAUAUAUAUAUAAAAUAACCCUCAGUGAGUUAACAGACAAUUAGAAACCUAGAAUGUGACAGCAGAUAAAAACACCCUCACACACAGCACCCCUCUUACAUACACACACUGCGCCCCUCACACAUACAAUAAGUCCAAAUAUAUAUAUAUACAUACGCACCCCUCACACUACACCACUACACACAUUACGCUCCAGAUACACACUAGAUCCCUUACCCUAUAUGCACUCUUAAUCCUCUACACACACACACACACACACACACACACACACACACACACACACUGGGUUAUUUACACAGUAGAUCUCCUACACACACACACUACAUUCCUUGUCAGCAAACACAUACAACAUUCUCUAAACACACCCUCUCUGCAACCCCUACACACACUACGUCACCUAUACACACACACUUCAGCCCGUAUGCACACACUCGCUGCAUCCCCUAUAAAACUAUGCCCCCUAUACACACACUCUCUACAGCCCCUAGCCAUACAUAUUACACCACAAACACAAAUUAAAUUGACCUAUUUAUACAAUACCACACCACACUCUACACACACGCAAUCCCACAAGCAGGCUCCAAACACAUGCACCAUGCACUUUCCUGGCCCUUUUGUCCUCUGGUAUCCCACUUGUGGAGACACCAGAGACAAUUUAAAAGCAAACACAGCGCAAGCAUGUUAUUAAAUUUGCUUGCACUGCACAGAACAAAUUCAGGGCCUUUUUCUAAUGCCAGAGCUCUUCAGCAGGGCUCUGGGCAUUGCACCAACAUGCUCACUUUGAGAGUGGGCGUGUUGUCAUUAGUGACUCUCUGGCCCCGCCCCCUUCUUAGGGGGCCGCUCUGAUUGAAAAAUGCCCGGGCCUAAUUUUUUUCCCAGUCCGGCCCUGGAUAGUACUACUGAUUUAAGUAAGCUUUCCCUUUUAAAAUUGGUAUCCUGCCAUUGCAAUAGACUAAAGACUGUACCUGAGUAAGCAAAGUCAUUAUGUGCAGGAAUUGUGCACUUUAAAUAGUAGAAUACUUAUGCUAUUCUAGUGAAUUGGGCUGGCUGCUUAACACAUCAUUUAGUAUCUUUUGGUCACAUUUAAAGCUGUAAAUGUAUUUAACAUUUUAUUUAAAUAAGCCUUUAAUAAUUUCAGUUUAAAAGUUAUCAGAGAUCCUAUAUAUUUAAAAGUUUAUUUUGCCCUGAUUGAUCUUACAUAUAUAUUAUUUUUAAUCAUUUUAUAAAUAUUUAUUUUUGCAGAGCAUUUAGAGAAGCAAAGGAUGUAUAGCCACCUGUUGCCCUUUUUUCUAGGAGGGUAGUAUAAUUUCAACUCUGUUUAGAAAAAAUAUGAGCUAGUUAGCAUAUAUUAUAUAAACUUUUUGCUGCAGUGUACUGCAUUGUACUGCACUGAAUGUAUUUAAAAGCCAUGUCUUUCUCUUUAUGGCUGUAUGUAAUAAUGUUGUUCAUAAUUUGGAAUAUAAAACAACGACUUCUCAAUUCCUUGGAAUGUUUACAUGUCUCUAUCUUCACAACCUUGGCUGGAAACUCCAGACUCCAACAAUAGUUAUGCUGUUAUAAUUCCUGAUUUUUUUAAUCAACAGCUAGUGUAACUGACAAUAUGGAAAUUAUCACUGUUUUAUAAAACUUUUCAUAUAUAGUGGACAUUAGAAUCCAGAACGCAGUAAUGCAAUAAUUAAAAAUCCUGUCUUAUCACUUUUCUUUUGACAACAUCUUGCAUUAAUCUUUUUCCUGCGCAUGCAUACUAAGCAGCUACAAAGAGAACAUACCCCCUGCCUGCAAUCCACUGUCCUGGAACUAAUGGGCCAUGCUGUGCUGGUGUAUUAGGCAUAUUAGGGAGUUUACCAAAUAUGUAUAUUUGUUCUCUUAUGAUAUUAAGAUCCACAAUUUCAGCAUUGUAUGCUAAUUACGAUGUUCCUGGCACCUGAACUCAGUUGUACAAGUUCACAUUAAAAUCAUCUCUAAUUAUGAAGAUCUCUCUCUGAGUCUAGGCUACAAAUAGCUCAAUAGAUUUUUGAUAUUUCAAGACUUGUGCCAUGACAAAGUAUUGUCUUCUCUUACGUAUAAGAGGUUACCUAGGUAUUUAUUAUUUUAUAAUUAAAGCUUCCAAAUACAAUGUCCCUUCGUGGUCGCCAAUUGUAACCGUGGCUGGUUCCCUUAUUUACCACUAUAACGUCUUAAGGCAUAGAACUUAGUAGGGCUAACCAUACAGAUAUCUUAGCCAAAAUUUCAUAUAGUUAGUGUAAGAGAUCCUCUAUUUAACAUAUAUAAAUAAUUGAGAAUACAAUAUAAAAUAGGGAUUGUCUUGGAAGCAAUAACAUUUUGUCUUUUUGAUAUUUAUUAUAUAAAAAUAUAAAUAUAGACAUAUAAAAUCCAUUAUAGCAGAGUUUAUAAGAUUAAACUAAAUACUUGCAAAUAUCAUUAAUAGGUUAACAUACCCUUCUGAACAUGUCAGCCUCCCUGUCAUUUUAAGAUGGAGCAGCAUCUGUCUCCAAGUCUCUCCUCUGUGUCUUAACAUUUAAAAGUACACCUAUUUAUACCUUAGGUGUCUCCAUUUUAGGGUUACCGUAGUUCAUAUAUGAAAAAGUAACACUGCUUUUACUUUAUUCAUUUUAGGACCUCCCUUAACUUGGCAAAAAUACAAGUCCAUAACUAAAGGGUGCAUACGUCAUGGAAAUUUCCCUGACUUAGUUCAAGAUGGCAUCUUAAAGUCUGAACAUCCUUAUCUACUAAGGUUACCACAGUAUAUUACGUACUGAAAGAGUCGUAGUAUAGCCUUGAAGCUUGUUUAUGCAUUAUUGUUAUUGUAAUUCGUCUGGGACAAAAUGGCGUAAACAUAAUAUGCACUGAGGUUAUUGCUUAAAGAAACGGUUAUGAUUAACAAUAUGUUCCAUUUCUAACACCUUGCCAGUUUGCAAUAUCUCUUAAAGACAAAGUACAAAGUUUAAGAAAUACAACAUUUCAUUCUAAAACUUGUAAUAUUUGCAUUUGCCCAUAACACCCCCUUCACCAAAGGUAAGGAGGAGGGAGGGGAGGAUAAAGACUUUAUUAAUGUAUAGCAGUAUUAAAAAAACAACACACAUUUGCUACUUGCACCCCUCCAACUCUGCAACACACACACACACAGCACUACUCACACACACAGCCCCCUCCCACACAUACAUCACUCUUCACACACAGCACUCCUCACACACACACACACACACACAGCACCUCUCACGCACACACACACUCAGCACCUGUACACACAAACACAUACACUCACCCCUCAAUGCAGUAUGUGUGUGUGUAUUCAGUGGACUGUGUGUAUUCAGAUGUGUGGGUAUUCAGCGGACACUGUGUGUACUCAGCAGUCUGUGUGUAUGUACUCAGCAGUCUGUGUGUAUGUACUCAGCAGUCUGUGUGUGUGUACUCAGCAGUCUCUGUGUAUGUACUCAGCAGUCUGUGUGUGUGUGUACUCAGCAGUCUGUGUGUACACUCAGCAGUCUGCCUGUGUGUGUGUGUACUCAGCAGUCUGCCUGUGUGUGUGUGUGUACUCAGCAGUCUGUGUGUGUGUGUACAUUCAGCAGUCUGCCUGUGUGUGUGUGUACAUUCAGCAGUCUGCCUGUGUGUGUGUACUCAGCAGUCUGCCUGUGUGUGUGUGUACAUUCAGCAGUCUGUAUGUAUUGAGCAGUCUAUGUGAGUGUAUUUAGCAGUCUCUAAUGCAGAGGGAACUUGCUGGCAUUUUGGAUCUGGAAUGCCCGUACGGGGGGGGACCAGUCUGAUAUGCUUCAGAUAUGUACUCUCUAUAAUGGCACAAGUUGAGCUAAAACCAGCUUGAGAUCUGAGUGGGAACCAACUGAAGGGCAGGUUAAUUGAGCUGUUGUCUGUUCUCACCUCUCUUGCUACUUAUUUUUUUAUCCUUAAGUUUAAAGGGCAAUCCAGAUGUGGACCCCUUGCUCACGGUGCCUAGAGGGAUAUUGGCUAUACCUCACUGAUGAUACCUUACAAGGUUGAAACGAUCGCCUGGGGUUGCCGUAUCUCUCAUGCAGAGGGAAUUGCUGGCGUUUCGGAUCUGAACUGCCCGUACAGGUGGGACUAGUCUGAUAUGCUUCAGAUAUGUUCUCUCUGUAAUGGCACAAGAUGAGCUAAAACUAGCUUGAGAUCGGAGCGGGGACCCACUGAAGGGCAGGCUAAUUGAGCUGUUGUCCAUUCUCACCACUCUUGCUCCUUAUUUUUCUCUAUUUACCAGGCUGUGUGUAUGUGUUCAGCAGUCGGUGUGUGAAUGUGUUCACCAGUCUGUGACUGUAUUCAGUCUUGGUGUAUAUAUUGUAUGUAUGUAUUGAAUUUCUUGGAGGUACUAAUAAAUUAAUAAGCUUAAUUUUAUCUAUAAUUGCACUUAUAAUUUUUUUCUGUAAAACAGGCGGAAAUUCGUCCCAGCUGUGGCCGUUUAGUUCUGUUUGGUGCCGGAGGUGAGAAUGCCCACGGGGUACGUGCAGUGACUCAGGGAACUCGAUGUGCCAUAGCCCUAUGGUUCACCAAAUCUGCAGUGCAUGCAGAGCAGGUAACAUUUACAGAGUGGUAGCACCAGGGGCGGCUCUAGACUUUGCGAAGCCUUAGGCGAAACUCAAACAUGGGGCCCCCCCCACUAACACCAUUAGUGAAAAAAAAAGGGGUUGCCUUGUGUGUGCAUAAGGAGUUGUACCUAUAUUGAAUGACGAGCUUGCAGCAUUGGAUACAGAGAGGUAGUCUCUGUAUUCAUCUUCAGAGGCUUGCAUUGUCGCAGCUCCCUAUGCCGCUGCGUUGUGAGCACUUUGACUGUAGUUAUGGCAUAAUUUGCAAUAAACAAAUUUAAUUUGCAAUUAUGCUAAUCAUUUAUACACGAUUGCUGGGUAUGGUUGUAUAGCCUGGCAGCCAUGUAGACAUAAGUGCCAGUGUGAAGGGGUUAUUUGAAAAAUGAACAUUUUGGUUGGGAUUUAAAAAUAAAUAAAUAAAAAAAAAAUAAAUAAUAAUUUUCCAAAUAAUUAAGUUACAGAUAAGAAAACAAUGUCAUAGACAUUUCCCCACAUAUUCUAAAUUCCUUUACAUGUAUAUUAUCAUUUAUGUGUUUACCCAUGUAUUCUAUAUGUAUGUAUGCAUAUAAUAUAUAUGUUGCUUGCAACUUUAUCUUUGCAUUGCCCAUAUCAUACCACAACCACAUUGCAGACAGACACGCACACAUUUAAACACUAAUACAUAUACACACUGAUACAUGCACAUGCAUACACACACACAAACACACUGAUGCACAGAGACACUAAAAUAGACAUACUGUCACAAUGUGUUUAUCGGACUGUGUGUAUUUCUGCAUGUGUCUGGCAUUGUCUGCCUGUGUAUGUGCCUGACAGUGAUUAUCCUUGUAUGUGAAUGUAUGUUUCUGUGAGCAUGUGUAUGUUUGUGUCUGGAACCGUAUGUGUGUGUGUGUGGUAGCUGCUUGCUGUGUUUUGUGUAUAUGGGGAGCAGCCUGUGGCCUUUGUGCACUUUGUCUAUGGUGAAGCUAUGUUUUAUAACUUUAUAUGUAUGAUGAUUGUCUUCAAGGGUGACUGUGACAGGGUGAAAAGGGGAGUCUGUGGCAGGGUGAGUUUGACUGGAUGAGGGGGUGAAUGAGAUGGGGUUGUGGGGCCGCCGCCUAAAUCGCCUAAUUAGAGAGCCGCCUCUAGGUAGCACCAUUUGUCUGACCCAAACCUUUGUGCCGUUCUCUGACUCCUGUCUGUGUGCAUGGGCCCCUGAUCCCUGUCUGUGUGCCUAGGCCCCUGACCCUUAUUUGUUACCCUGACUCCUGUCUGUGUGCCUGGGCCCCUGACCCUUAUCUGUUACCCUGACCCCUGUGUGUGUGAAUGGGCCUCUACCCUUAUCUGUUACCCGGACCCCUGUCUGUGUGCCUGGGCCCCUGAUCCCUGUCUGUGUGCCUAGGCCCCUGACCCUCAUUUGUUACUCUGACUCCUGUCUGUGUGCCUGGGCCCCUGACCCUUAUCUGUUACCCUGACCCCUGUGUGUGUGAAUGGGCCUCUACCCUUAUCUGUUAACCGGACCCCUGUCUGUGUGCCUGGGCCCCUGACUCCUGUCUGUGUGCCUGGGCCCCCAAAAUGUAUGUUAUCUUGACCCUUGUGCUUGUGCCUGGGCACCAGACCCUUAUCUGUUACCCUGACACUUGUCUAUCUGCCUGGGCUCCCGACCCCUGUAUGUGUGCCUGUCUUCUUUCCAAUCCCCCCUGACUCUGGUCUGCUCCUUGAACCCUCUCUAUAGGAAUGCCCAACUUUAUGAGUGCUUAAUUCCUGUCUGCAUUUGUCAUUAAUUUUCUAAAUUCGUGUUGUACAUGUGAUAGGAGCGCUCUCUGGCGAGUGAUCUCAUGGUGGGAAGUGACGGCCACAAACAAAAUAAAGAGAGUGAGACCAAAAACACUGGGAGAGAAACUUCAGGGCGAGAGACCUUUGCCAGCAAGGAAGAGCCGGAGAGACCUUCUGGGCGGAGACAGAAAAAGAGAGUGAACAGAAAAUUCGAAGAUGAGCUAUAG